AUGAAUUUUACUAAAGUGGAAACAUUCACAAAGUACAAGGAGGUUAUAGAAACAUCUUCUAAGGAAGCUCCUCCUGAUCAUAUACAGCAAAGGCUUAUGAGAAAUUUGAAAGCCUAUUGGCUAAAAGAUAACAAAAUACUUUCAGAAAAUGAACGAGUGAAAAUAACUUCGAAAAUAGACAAGACAAAUGGAACUAUAGGUACAAGUAUAAGAUUGAAAAACAUAAAUUUGGUUGAUCAAGGCAAUUAUUCCUGUGUUAUUAAGCAGAACUAUGAGAAAAAAUGGACAACUAAAUUGGAAGUUAUAAAGAACGUAGACGUAGAAAAUUAUGAGCUCCCAACUUAUACACCCGUUUUCUCUAAUCUUGGUGUUAGUGAUGAAUUUGAGAUCAGUAUUAAAACCACCCCCGACUUAAUAUUUGAAGAUAUGACUGCAGAAAAUAAAAAUGGCUUGAAAACACCUCAGAACACCUCUACACCUCGCAAACUAGAACCUUUAUGCCAAGAAUAUGUAGGCAAAGUGUGCAGUGCACAUUUAAAGGGUCAGUUUGUUUAUAUCCCUUAUGAUACCACACAGGCUACUCUUGAGGAUAAAUUAUCAAAAGCUAUACAAGUCACUAAAUUUUCAAAAGAUAUAAGCUUGCAUUGUGAAGGAUAUGCAGUACCAAGUCUUUGUUUCUCAACAUUCCCUAUUUGCCGGGAUCCAUUAACAACCAACAAGUAUUUCUUUGAAGAAAUAAGGAAACUGCAUAAUGAGCCAAAAGACCAAACUAAUAAUGAUCUUCCAGAAAUUGUUUUUGAGAAUUUACCAAAAGGCUUUGUACCAAAUGCAAAGUCUAGUAAAAACUCAUCCUCUAAUAUUUUUAAUUACCGUUACAACUCUACAGUGCUUAUACGUGUUUGUAAACAAGACUGUGAAAUAUUGGAGAAUGAAUUGUGCCAAACUGAAUAUGCAAUAGCUAAGCGACAUCCUCACAUUGGUCAACAGCUAACCCUAGAGGAAUGUCAGGACUUGCCAGAAAAUGAUCCUGACUGUUUGAAGAUAGGUAUAGGUUCAGUAAUGGUCUCAGAUGAUGAAUGCUAUUGGGAAGAUGGAAGUGGAUAUCUGGGGAGAGUAAGUGUUGCCCAGAAUGGUUUGCCUUGCAUUGAAUGGUCAAAGCAGCUACAUGUCAAGCCUUCUGAUUAUCCUGAACUAGCUGGUAGGCACAGUUACUGCAGAAACCCUGGUGGCCUCAAAUCACAACCAUGGUGCAUAGUUGAUAAAGGUGGAAAAACUGACAAACAGAUAUGUGACAUUCCAAAAUGUGCACAUAAAAUAUGGAUAUAUAUUGUAGUUAUAUUUUUGCUUGUGUCAUUAGUUAUUGUAGGCUUUAUUGUUUGUCUUUAUUAUAGACAAAAGAAUAAGGGGAGUGCUGCAACAAUUAGGGAUAUUAAUUUACCAAAUGCGGAUAAAAAUAUUUAUGGCAACUCUAGAUUGAAUUCCCCUAUAGAAAUGAAUGAAUUGCUAACAAAUCAAAAUACAAACCUUCAACCACAUUUGACGAGGAAUGUCCGUGGCAAUGGUGUGCUUCGUGUACCACAGUAUUCUCUGUCACAAAUAAAGUUCUUGGAAGAGCUCGGUGAGGGAGCUUUUGGUAAAGUUUAUAAAGGGGCAUUAAAGAAAAAUGGAGAAACCCAAUAUGUAGCUGUAAAAGCGUUGAAAGAGAAUGCUUCUGCAAAAACCCAGGCCGAUUUUAGAAGAGAAAUUGAUUUGAUAUCUGAACUCAGUCAUGAAAAUAUUGUUUGCAUUGUUGGUGUAGCUCUCAGGGAAGAGCCGCUGUGUAUGUUAUUUGAGUUUAUGGCUAGAGGGGACCUUCACGAAUUUCUCAUGGGUAGAGCACCUCCUUCUGGGAAGGGUUUGCCACCUAUGAGAUUAUUAAACAUCGCCUACAAUAUUGCAUCCGGUAUGCAGUAUCUUGCCUCACAUCAUUAUGUUCAUAGAGACUUAGCAGCAAGAAACUGUUUAGUUUCUGAUGAUUUUAUAGUAAAAAUUUCAGAUUUUGGUCUUUCAAGGGAUAUCUAUAGUUCAGAUUAUUAUAGAGUGCAAUCUAAAAGUCUCUUGCCAGUGAGAUGGAUGCCACCAGAAUCAAUACUUUAUGGUAAAUUUACCACAGAAAGUGAUAUUUGGUCCUACGGAGUAGUGCUAUGGGAAAUUUACAGUUAUGGACUUCAACCAUAUUAUGGAUAUAGCAAUCAAGAAGUAAUAUCGAUGGUUCGUGGUGGGGAACUCUUGGCUGCGCCUGCAAACUGUCCGCCAUUAAUGUACGCCCUCAUGAGGGAAUGUUGGAGACAUACGCCGCAAAGGAGACCGAACUUUGAGGAUAUAGUCAACAGAAUACAAGAAUGGAUACAGGCAGGCGGUUGUCCUGAAGCAGUACCUUCGGAGUCGGGAAGCAGUACCUGUAGCCAUAAUAGACCCACAACCUCGACUAAAGACCUACAGGAGAGGGCUCCUCUCUUGCCUCCUCAUUGUUCCUCCUCCAAUGGCUCUCUAGCAACGAGCAGCUUAAAGAAAUUCAGCGCCGCUGGGUCAAGCUCGAAAGUUCCCGAUGAUAAUUGUUCGACUUGUAGUGAAGUGCCACCACUUGCACCAAAGUCCAAAAAACAUAGUUCCGGUUCCCUCAUAGAUGCAGAUAAAGUAGGUACAAGAGAUACCGUCAUUAGGAUACCCAAUACCCACUUCGGUAAUGAUAUUUAA